ACUAAAAAGCGCCUUCCCCUUUCUCACCGUUUUUGCCUUUUUCUUUUUCCUCUCUUUCUCUCUCUCUCUCGCUUUUCGAUUUUCCUCUUCUUCAUCUCGUUUUCCGGCUGAGGUUGCGCGCUCCGCCGAACGAACUCCUCUCUUGCCGCCGUAGAAGGAGCACCGAGAGACUGCAGAAGAAUGUGGCUCGCAUGUGUAUGGGAUGAGAAAGAGAAAGAGCUCGGUCGACAACAAGCGCCAGGAACGUGUCCUUUCUGUCGAGGCAAAGUGCACGCCAUUGAUGUCGAAAGGCGAUGGAAGCUCUGUUUUCUUCCUCUCUGCCUCAAGAUCAAGAGGAAGUAUCUUUGUACUCUCUGUUCUCGCCGUCUCGAAUUGUGCCACUGGUAGUAAUUUAAGAAAGAAAAAGAAAUUAGGUCUCGGUUUUCAUCGAACUAUCGAUGGAUCUAAUUUGAACCGCUACUCGUAGUUCGUGUUCCCGUUCUUCCGUGAAGUGUUUGAUUGAAUUUUUGGAGAAACGGAUGAGGAUCAGGAUUUGGAUCUGACUCGAUUAGAUGCAUCUAAUCUUGUUGUUUUUCUUUUUGUACAGCUUCGAAAACUGUAGAUAGAGAAAGACUUCUCUCCGGCCUCUCCUAGAGGAUUUUCCCCCUUUUAGUUGGUUUAUAUUAAUUGAAAUCUUUCUGCAUCUUCUUGUUCUGUGAUUUGAUGUCUUAAUUUGCAAUUGCAUGCCAUUUUAUGUGGUUGAUUUCA